UCCGAGCUUGACUCACGGCACACCGGGACACUCUCCUCUAUCCUCUUCGUCGUCGUCGUCGUUUUAGACCAUUAUUUUUUCCCUCAAUUAUUAUUAUUAUUUUCGCAACACAACGCGUAUAGUAUUCGUGUAGAGAAAAAAAAAAAAAACAUUUAAAAAACCUUACCGUUUGAUUAAUAUUUUCGUUUAAAACCCCCGUCGCCUUCGCCCCCCCCCCAACCGUACGCGAAACAGUCGCCGUUCGGAAAUUCCCCUCGAGUUCCCCCGUUUUUUCUCUUUAUGAUUUUUUUUCGCGUUCUCCGAUCAUAACCUUCCGCGUUACUUCGUACUAACUCGAAUUGCCAAUAUUAUCGCAUAAUAUUCACUGACGUUGCCCCGAAGGGCGAAAGACCUUUGAAAACGAGCCCCCCCGAAUAAAGUCCCGGUCGGUAACCGUGUCGCGCACGCGAUAGUAGGGUCUCCCUGAUCACCACCGGCCGAGAGAAGAAGACACACACACAGGCCACAUACGGGCGAAGACCACUACCGCUGCCGCCACCGUGUCCGAUCCGGGAUCCAAAAUGGGCUGCUUGUUGUCGGUGUACAAGAAAGUAGUUAGAUCGAAAUCGUCCGCUUCAGACCGAAACACCGCUCGGUCUGUGACGGACAAUGAAUCGUCCGAACAAGGAUCCAACGACCAACGGACCAUCCCUUCGGGCAGCGUCGAUUCCGAUGCGGACGGACUGUCCAUACGCUACGUCGAGGCCACCGCGGUGCGGACUUUGGCGGCGAACACGGGCUCCGUGGCAAUACUGGGCAUGACGGCCAACGUCAGAACACCGAACGAUUCGCCUUCUCGCGUCCGCCCGUCCACGUCCACUUACCUGCCGGAAGUGCGCUACGUCGAGGCGACCGCUUGCAGGACUUUGGCGGCCGAAACCGGAUCGAUAGCCAUACUGGGCACUACCGCGGACCCGAAGGCGACGAGGAACGAAGACGCGGGCUCGGUGCAUCUGGUGGAAGCCACGGCCGUGAGACAAUUGGCCGCGGAGACCGGGACCAUCGCGAUUCUGGCAUCCACGGCCGCGGGUGUCAACCGGCCGAUCGGCAGCGAGGUUACCGGCGACGUCAUACCGGUCGGGGUGAGCGAGGCGUUGGACUCCCACGGGAACCCGCCCGAAUCGGAAUGCCGUCAAUCGAACCCGGGCGGCGGCGACGAGCCAAUGAUACCCGAGACCGUCGCGCAAGCCAUGGAACAGGAACCUGCCAGAGAACCUUUGACGAAGUCGGCCGAAGAGCUGAUCAAAAGCCAGUUGGAUUUGGGUCUGACGCCGAUACCUCCCUUUCAGAAAUGUAAGAACUUCAACAAGAACAACCGCGCAAUGACGGUGGAUUGCACGAGGGACCCGCCGCCGCACGAAGUGAGCCAAUCGGGUAUGAGGAAAUGGGUGACCGAAGAUCUGGAAGACAUAGCAGAGUCUGACAAUAGCCUUAGACCACCGUCAGCUGGAAACGUGCCUACGAAACGGCUGUCGGAAGGUACGGUACGGCCGUUGCCCAAAGCCCCCAGGUCGUCGAUCCCGAACGACCUGCAAUCAGAAGCGUCGACCAGCCGUGCCGGACAGCCCGCAUUGCAAAAACAGGGAUCCAACGAUUCCGUCCGGAAAUACAUGCAAGUGUUGGAAACGCAAAAGUCCAAAGAUUUGUGCAACGGCGAAACGGACGACAGUGACGACGAUCGUAUGAUCGAAUGUUUCAACGUGAUCUCGAGGAAGGGGUCCAAAGACGGCAGCAAGAAAAACUCCAUACCUAACGAGAAAACGGAGAACAAACCAAAAUCCAAGGAUUUAGGAUUCAUCACUCCGAUUUUCGGUAGGAAAAAGUCAAAGACCGACUCUGUCGAACAGUCGUGUGCCGCUGAGGUCGCCACACCACCUAACGGCGUGGUGACCUUUUUAAACAAAAGGAGCUUUUCAUGGACCAAAUCUAGAGAGAAAAAUUCAACCGAAUCCGUAUCCGAAACCAAAACGUUGAUAUCGCAACUGUCCCGGGACUCGUCGAGUAAGGACUCCGAAACCCGUCGGUCGAGCGCAGAUGAUUUUUCGCACCCGUUCGAACCGGAUAAUGUAGCCGUUGCCAUUUCGGCUGCCCUAGCGAUGAAUCACGCCCGGAGCGAAGGGAGCGACGAUGCGUCGACUUCAAGGAGAGCCAAGACGUUGCAGAGACAAUCCAACCGACUUACCGAGCAUCGGCGGAGCAGCAAUGAUUCCGUCACCGGCGUCAGCGAAGGCGCUUCGACCAGUGCUCCGAAACCGUACAGAAACCAGCGAAGUGUUUUAGUGGAACCGUUCUGGAGGGUGCCCAUACCUCAAUUCGCCAAAUGUCCACCUGCCAAAUCCAAAAGUUUGCCUUGUUCGGAAAACGUGACGAAAAAAGAGGAGGCCCACGUGCAGCGGGGAGCUUCCUUGCCUGCCGAACAAGACGAUUUGAAAGCAGAAUUAAUUUUGACAGUGGUCGAGGAACGCCAAGAAAAAGCAUCUCCCAUUGAAGACGUUACAGUCGGGCCAAACUUGAUCGAAACGGUCAACGACGGAAGAGACGCUAUCGUUGACGAAGCAAACGCGAUCGUCGACCAAGGAAACGCGGUCGUCGACAAAGGAAACGCGAUCAUCGACGAAGGUGACGAUAUCGUCAACAAAGGAAACGCGCUGGUCGACAAAGGAAACGCGAUCGUCGACAAAGGGGAAGCGAUCGUCGAUAAAGGAAACGCGAUCGUCGACGAAGGAAACGCGAUUGUCGACGAAGGAAACGCGAUUGUAGACGAAGGAAACGCGAUCGUCGGCGAAGGAAACGUGAUCGUCGACAAAGGAAACGCGAUCGUUGACAAAGGAGAAGCGAUCGUCGACAAAGGGAACGCGAUCGCCGACGAGGACGUGGCCGCUCAGUGCCUAGAGGAAUACAAGUUGACCCUGAUCAACAGCGUCAAGGAUGCCGUCAAUCUGUUGUGCGAUCAAGCGGUCGAGAAGACUGUGGCCAUUGUCAAUGCCCAACGCGAACGUCAAUUGGCCGAACAGCUGGCAAGCGCUAGAAACUCCAUUGUCGCUGACAUGUCCGACUUAACCGACAUCAACAGCAGCGAGUUCUCUCUGCCUCCGCCGCCAACAACACAGUCGGAAUCGGUCGCCCAAGGAGCUGAUUCUACUUGGCCACCUCCGCCACCUCUGUCAGAAGCGGACGAGGAAAAAACUAUUGGAAACGAACUGUCGUUUGACUUGCCAGACCCACCGACCGAAAUGGAUCGCCUGGACUCGGACGACGAAAAGCCAAUUACCGGUGCCGAACAAGCAGGCGAGCACGGUGAACCGACGGCUGACAUGAAGUCGACGAAAACACCCGUGGCCACAGCCGACGGCGGCAACGGUGGCGGCAGCGCGGACGAGCGGGCGGCCACCACCAUCCAGGCCGUGUACCGCGGGUUCCGGGCCCGCAAGUACGCGGAGACGGUGAACGCGGCCGCGGCCAAAAUCCAGGCCGGGUUCCGCGGAUACCGCGUCCGGCAGUCGCUGAAGAACGGCGCCCCGGCGUCGACGGCCACGACCACGGAGAACAGCCUGUGCUGGUCCGACGACGAGCAGCAAAAGUCCGUGGUGUCCGGCGUGGUCGCCGCGGACGACGUCGUCGGCCCGGCCGCCGUGCGUCACCGCACAGACGACGAGGCUCGUACGGACGCGGCCAUCAAAAUACAAGCGCGCGUCCGCGGGUACGUGACGCGCAAGAGGUUGAGCAAGGAGAAGAACGAGAGGGACGGCGGCGACACGAAAAGAGAAGACGGCACGGAUAAUUAGUUAUCAAAACAAUUAUAUUCGUUUUUCAUUACUUUUUCAAAAUAACUAUAAUGUUUGUCUGUUUUUCCAAACAGUUAAAUUUAUUAGUAAUAUUAUAAUAUAUCUAGUUGCAUUGAUUUACCAUACCAUUAUACUAUUCGUGUGUGUUUUUUUGUAGUACUUAAUAGGUAUUGAUAGAGCAAUACGUUUGAUAUAAUAAAUAAUUUAAUUUAAAUUAAAUGCA